AUGACUGAGAUCCAUGGCCCUCCAAUUAACGUACAUCUACCAGAUGAUCUGACAAUCCCCCAGUUCUUUCUUGACUCGGCGCAUUCGCUGAGGCCAAAGCGCCCCUUAGGCGUUCCGUGGAUGAUAGACGACAAGACGGGUAGGAAGAUUGGAUACGAAGAGCUCCGUGCAAGGACCCAUGGACUUGCAAAUGCGCUGAGCAUGCGGUAUGGAAUUGGUGUGUACAUUCAGCACAUGGCAGAUUACGCUCCCGUUGUGUGGGCUAUUCAUAGACUGGGCGCAAUUGUUUCCACCGCAAACCCUGCCUAUACCACAGAAGAGCUCGUUUACCAGAUCGAGCUUACGAAAGCGACUACCAUUAUUGCCCACUCCACCUCGUUGGAGGUAGCUGCCGAUGCAGCACGGCAAACUGGCAUACCAUAUGAGCGCAUCGUCGUUAUCGGGGACUCGCCUCUUCGUCAGUUUGCGAAUGUGGAUGAAUUGGUCAAGGAAGGGCUAGCUGCACGUCAGCACUACGUGGAGCGCAAGUUAAGGCCAGGAGAAGGGAAGACGAAGCUGGCGUUUCUCAACUUUUCAAGUGGUACGACUGGACGACCAAAGGCUGUCAUGAUAUCCCACUACGCACCCAUUGCGAACGCUAUACAGCUCGCCCUUCAUGCUCGGGUGGGCGAUACCGACCGUCCCAGGGAUAAGCAAAGGUUUAGGCCCGGUGAUCUUGUAUCUGCUUGUCUGCCAUUCUACCACAUAUAUGGACUCGUCAUUAUCAUACACUCCAUGUUAUAUUGCGGCGUCACCCUAGUCGUUGUGCCUAAGUUCAGCUUCGUCGAUUUCCUAGAGAGCGUGUCUAGGCACCGUAUCACUCAUCUCAUUCUAACAGUCCACGGUAUGCUGGUUCCACCAAUAGCAGUACUAUUAUGCAAGCAAGACAUCGUGGCGAAGUAUGAUCUCAGUCACGUCCAUUACAUCGUAUCUGGCGCCGCUCCUCUCUCAGGGGAACUGGUGGCACAGCUCGCGGAUCGCUUUCCCAACGCACAGAUUGGUCAGGGAUAUGGCUUAACCGAAACGUCUACGUCCGUCUCCAUGUUUUCACCUGAUCGCAAGGUCGGCGUGGUGGGCAGCUCAGGGACACUGGCGCCGGGUAUCACCGCACGAGUUGUGCGGCCAGACGGGAGUCUCGCGGGUGUCAACGAGCCUGGGGAGCUGUGGCUGAAAUCGCCAGCUCUGGCGUUGGGAUAUUACAAUAACCCUGAAGCAACUCGCGAGACUUUCGUCGACGGGUGGUUGCGCACAGGAGACGAAGUGAGAAUAGACAAGGAUAGGGAGAUCUUCGUUCUCGAUAGACUAAAGGAGCUCAUCAAAGUCCGCGGUUUCCAAGUUGCGCCAGCUGAACUAGAGGGCACGCUGUUGAUGCACCCCGACAUAGUCGAUGCAUGUGUCAUUCCCCUGCCAGAUGAGUACAAUGGCGAAGUCCCCAUGGCAUACGUUGUCUUGCGUCCAGAGGUGGACGAGCGUGUCAGGCGUGAUCCAGCGGAAGCGACCCGGGUCAAAGUAGAAAUCAUCCAGCAUACCGCGGAGAACAAGGUGGCGUAUAAGAGGCUUGCUGGAGGUGUGGAAUUUACGGAUGUAAUACCCAAGAAUCCAAGCGGGAAGAUUCUGCGUAGGGUCUUGCGAGAUCGCGCGAAGGAGAAGCUGGCUGGCAUGAAAGCUAAAUUGUAG